AUGUCCGUUGUCAAAAUGGAAUACGAGGACAAGGGCAUGCCCUUUCGACGCCUCGGGAACAGCGGCCUGCGUGUCCCCGUUUUUUCGUUCGGUGGAUGGCUCACGCUCGGUGAGGACGUUAUUGGUGACCCCGUCAAGGAUAUCAUGAAAGUUGCAUUCGAGAACGGCGUCAACAUGUUCGACACCGCUGAAGGAUACGGUGCAGGAAACUCGGAGGUUGAAAUGGGUCGAGUGAUCAAGGAGCUUGGUCUCAGACGGACGGACCUGAUCAUCACCACCAAGAUCUUCUUCGGCACACGUAAGAACUCCCCGAACGACACGGGCCUGUCGAGAAAACACAUCAUUGAGGGCGCGAAAUUAUCGCUGCAGCGUCUGCAGCUAGACUAUGUUGACGUCCUCUUUGCACAUCGUCCGGACCCCAGCGUUCCGAUGGAGGAGGUCGUCCGUGCCUUCAACUUCGUGAUCGACCAGGGUUGGGCGUUCUACUGGGCUACCUCGGAAUGGUCUGCGUUCCAAGUCGAGGAAGCAAUGCACGUUGCGGACAAGCUUGGUUUGGUGGCUCCCAUUGCUGACCAGGCCGAGAAGCACAUGUUCCACCGUGAGCGUGUAGACAAGGAGUACCUUCCUCUGUUCGAGAAGUACCAAUACGGCACGACCAUCUGGUCCGCACUCGCUGGCGGCAUGCUUACUGGCAAGUACAACAACGGCGUGCCCUCAGACUCGCGGUUCGCGAAGCAUGGCGAGUUCUACGGGUGGUUCCUCAACCAGCCCGAGGAGGCGCAGCGACGGAUCACUAAAGUCAAGGCGCUCACUGAGCUCGCGGAGAAGGAGCUCGGCUGCACGAUGACGCAACUCGCGCUCGCGUGGGUGGCGGUGAGCCCGAACACGAGCACGGUCAUCCUUGGCGCGACCAAGCCCGCGCAGGUGCUGGAGAACCUCAAGGCGAUCCAGGUCAUCCCGAAGCUCACCCCUGCGGUGCUCGACCGCAUCGAAGCAAUCUUGGAGUCGAAGCCCGCUGAAGAGCCUUUAUGGGGUCGCCCGGUGUUGGACAAGUUUGGGAGACAGACGCAGUACUGA